UUUUUCUGAUCAAUGUUUCGGAGUAAUCCUCAACGGAUAUACGUUGGUCAGAAUAUUAGGCGGUUUCCAAAACGAAUUUGUCAUCAAUUGUGUAGUGCAGUGUUUUUUUUUUCACGUAGCUGUUAAGAAAAAGGAAAAGUACACUGACAAACUGUGAUUAGUAAUUUCUAUCAAGAACAAUAACGGACUGUGAGAGCAGCCAUGGCUAAAGUGCAAGUGGCAAACGUUACCGUUCUCGAUAAUCCUUCACCUUUUCUCAAUCCUAUUCAGUUCGAAAUUACUUUCGAGUGUAUCGAGGAACUCAAAGAAGAUUUAGAAUGGAAAAUGAUCUAUGUUGGCUGUGCUGAAACAGAAGAAUUUGAUCAAAUACUCGAUACAAUCUAUGUAGGACCAAUCCCAGAAGGAAGACACAUGUUUGUGUUCCAGGCUGAACCACCAGACACAAGCCGAAUUCCUGUGAAUGAUGCUUUGGGUGUGACCGUAGUACUGUUGACCUGUUCUUACCGUAAUCAAGAAUUUGUGAGAGUUGGAUACUUUAUAAACAAUGAGUAUGCAGAUCCAGAGCUGAGAGAGAAUCCUCCUCCACAACCACAAUUUGACAAAGUACAGAGAAACGUUUUAGCUGAUAAGCCACGUGUGACUAGAUUUAAGAUUAAUUGGGAUGACAGCUCAAGCUCGCCAACAAAUACAAUUCCUGAGAGUAUGGAUGCACAGACGAGCGUGGAAGAGACUACGGAUGAUGUUCCAUCAACUUCGAUAUCUUUCACUGAAAACACUCAGAGUAGCAUGGAAGUGAUGUAAAAUAUUUGUAAUUUUUUAGAAAUUUCAUUUUUACUUUGAAAAAUAGUUGAAAAUUGAUUCUGGUUAACCUUGU